AUGAGAAUACUCAGUUGGGAUGUUACCUGGCUGAGUAUCGUAAUCCUCGCCUCGCUUGGCGAGGCGCUCGAAGUGUAUACCAAUCACUUCCAUGUACACACCAAGGAACCCGGUCUAGAAAACGCACACAAAAUCGCCAAGAGACAUGGUUUCAUCAACAGGGGACCGGUUCUCGGUUCCGAGCACGAAUUCCAUUUCGUGCAGCCGGCACUUUCACAUGCCAGGACAAAACGAUCAAUUGGCCAUCACGCAAAACUACACAACGACGAUGACGUAAGUGAAACAUUGUAG